GAGGAUUUGCAGACAGAGCGGUCCAUGCGCGAAGGGGUCGACAGUCAGCUCAUAAGGGAGGCGCCGGGGACGAUACAGACAGAGAUAGAGAGAGAGACAGAGAUCUCUGAAGCAGUCUCAGUUCCGACACUCAGCUGAACCUUCCCAGGGAGUUGAUAUCGCAAUUCGGGAAUGAUGGCCGGACUUUCAAGAACUGUGUUUACCGGCGGCGUGGUUGCGCCUCGCACUUCCGUCUUGGGUUUGUUUCGCGUCUCGAAAGUUGCAGGUCCCGUGUCCAAGUGCUCCCGUGUGAAAACUUUGGUCACCUCUGCAGCUCAGAAAAAUACUAAUACAGAGUACGUAAUUGUUGGUGGGGGAAACGCGGCUGGAUAUGCUGCCAAAGCUUUUGUCGAGAAUGGUGCUGCCGAAGGGAAAGUUUGCAUUGUAGCCAAAGAGAAUGUUGCUCCAUACGAGCGUCCAGCAUUAACAAAAGCCUAUCUUUUCCCCGUGGACAAAAGUCCAGCCAGAUUACCAGGAUUCCACACAAGUGUCGGAGGGGGAGGAGAACGACAGACUCCAGACUGGUAUAAGGAGAAAGGAAUUGAGGUAUUGUACGGCACUGAAGUAACAGGUCUUGAUAUAGACAAGCAGAGUUUGACUACUUCAUCGGGAGAUACUAUCAGCUACAAUAAGCUUAUAAUUGCCACUGGUUGUACUGCCUCUAGGCUGCCUGAGAAAAUUGGAGGAUCUUUACGAGGUGUCCAUUACAUUCGCGAUGUCGCAGAUGCUGAUCAACUCGUCGCAGCUUUGCAAUCAGCCAAGAAGGUUGUAGUCAUAGGCGGAGGUUAUAUUGGUCUGGAAGUCUCUGCAGCUGUUUCUGCGUGGAAGCUUGAUGUUACGGUUGUCUUUCCAGAGCAGCAUGUUAUGCCUCGACUAUUCACACCCACAAUAGCUGCACACUAUGAGGAGCUGUACAAGAAAAAUAACGUGAAGAUUAUCAAGGAAGUCUCGGUGGUUAAACUUAAGAGUGGCGCAAAUGGUGAAGUUGACGGUGUGGAACUAACUGAUGGCACGACUUUGGAUGCCGACCUUGUUGUUGUAGGAGUGGGAGCACGGCCUGUAGUCGCUCCAUUCUUAGAUGCAGGAUUGAAAUCUGAAGCUGGUGCUAUCGAGGUGGAUGGAAUGUUCAACACAAGCUCACCUGGCGUAUAUGCUAUCGGAGAUGUGGCAGCAUUCCCCCUCAAGAUAUAUGACAGAAGAACUAGAGUUGAGCAUGUGGAUCAUGCUCGUAAGUCAGCAACACACUGCGUGGAGUCAUUGGUGAAAGGCAAAACUGAAGCCUACGAUUAUCUACCAUUCUUCUAUUCAAGAGUGUUCGAGGCCCCAGGCAGCGAGAGAAAAGUGUGGUGGCAAUUUUAUGGCGACAAUGUUGGAGAAUGCGUCGAGGUUGGGAACUUCGACCCUAAAUAUGCUGCCUUCUGGAUCGAAUCAGGUCGUGUGAAAGGUGUUUUCUUGGAGAGCGGUUCCGCUGAGGAAUUUGCUCUGUUACCUAAACUUGCAAGACAACAACCAGCCAUCGACAUUCCUGCUCUGAAAAGUGCGGACAGUGUGGAAACGGCACUACAAAUUGCUCAAGAAGCUCUAGGGAAACAGAAAGUAGCAACGGUGUAAAUUUAAAUCAGCAUUUUUGUAAAGAGCCUUUUCUUUGUUUAUAAGCUUGAGAGCUGUCAUACCAUGAGCCCUGGAAGAUACAAAUAGAAGGUCGGUGACACUUGAGCAUUACACAGAUUUAGCAAUUUUCCGAGAUAUAUGGGGCUAGUUCGUUCCAGCCGUCUAAAUGGUUCCUGCAGUGAAAUCCAUUUUGCAUCAACUCAUGUCAAAAGUUUAGAUAAAAAGGUCUAGUAAGAAAUCUCGCGGUAGAGCAGUGAGGACGAACCUGUAUCAAGGGUAGUAUACAUUAUUGAUCUAAUCCUUGAGUUGGUGAAUGUAUUCAAUAAACUUUUUUCCAGCAAAUUUUGUAGUUCGUUAGCGGAUAACGAGAGUAAAGACUUCACGGGCUUCAACAUGCAGAUGCUAGUUACUGAGUGUACAGUUUGACAGAUCACAAGCGCAGAUGAUCGGUUAUGACUCAGCUUGACUGUUGAGUUAAACUUGCAAAACAGUAAUUACACUUUUACUAGCUUCUUUAUCAUUAUCAGGUUGAACUUUACGAUAGGAACUUACACCGCCAGUCAUCGUAACAGAGAGUUUUAAGCCCAUGAAGAAAGACACAGGAAUUCUCAUUCUCAAUUUGUUAAUCUGCC